CUCCCAACCCUCUUGCUCCUAACCCCCUACAGAGAGGCGAAGGGGACUGGAGACACAGAGACUGAGUCCGGGUGGAGGGAAGAGUCACAUUUCGGAGGGGGAAGUGAAAUAAAGAGGAGGGCGGCAACCGGGGGGACCUGUGCGUCAUUAAGGGACCCGUGGAGGAGAAGAGCAGGGUGAGGAAAGCCGGAAAAGGAGAAGUGUGAGAAAGUAGACUGAGGGGUCGGGUGCUGAGCGGGAGGGCGGGGGGCGCUAGAAAAGGGGCCGAAGCAGCAGAGCCUGCCGCCUCCAGCAAGCGGACCUGGUGGCCCGGGCUCUGGGUGGCUGCCCCCUGCCCUCCACCCCAGAGCCCAGUCUGCGGGCGCGUUCGGUCCGGCGGGGCGGUGGAGCGCGCUCGUUCGCUUUCUUUGCGCCAGCUGCAGCAGCUGGAGCGGCGGGGCUAUCCAAGCCCGGGGCGCAGCAGAAUGUGGCCCUGCGGCUGGGCGUCGGUGCUGGUGCUCUUGGCCCUUCAAGGGGACUGGCUCACCCAAGCGACCCCCCAUAUGCGGCAGACCAGCCGGCCCGGCGUUCGGAACAAGAACUGGUGCGCCUACAUAGUGAACAAGAAUGUAAGCUGCUCUGUGCUGGAGGGAACUGAGAGUUUUAUUCAAGCUCAGUACAAAUGUGCCUGGAACCAGAUUCCCUGUCCGUCCACGCCGGUGUAUCGAGUUAAUUUCAGACCCAGAUAUACUAUUAAGUUCAAGACAGUCACACAACUGGAAUGGAGAUGCUGCCCUGGGUUUAAAGGGGGUGACUGCCAAGAAGGGCCUAAAGAACCAGCAAAAUCUCCUCUGCCCACACCUGCCCGGCCCCGGAAUACUAUGAAAAAAGCCACGGAUACUGAACCAAAGCAAGUCACAGAACCAAAGAAAACAGCAGAACCAAGACACACAACAGAACCAAGACAGACAGCAAGCCCCAAGCCAAGCCUGCAGGAGCAGCAGGACAAGAAAAUACAAGUGCUUGAGGACAAAGUUUCCCGACUUACAAGGACAGUCCUUGACCUUCAGACCUCCAUUGCAGGAGUAAAUGAAAAUUUAAAACAUGCUGUGCAGGAUGAUGCCAGUAAAAUGUUGGCAUCCUGGCUCAACAGCCUUCACAACCCACCAGGGCCAGACAGUGUCGUGGGUGGCGAAACAGAAACAAUUCAGCUUCCCGGGAUCCUGGGUGGCAAGGAGUCGGGAAUGAAGGACAUUAAGUCUGAGUUGGCUGAGGUUAAGGAUGUAUUGAAGACAAAGAGUGACAAGCUGGAGGAGCUGGAUGGGAAAGUAAAGGGUUGUGAAGGACAACUCAAGCAGCUUCAGGAAGCUGCCCAGGGGCCCACAGUGACCAUCCCGACCAAUGAGUUCUACCAGGCUUAUGUAGAUAGCAAAUUUGAGGCUCUGAGAGAGGAGCUGAUGGAAGGAAUAGACAGGAAAAUGGCAGAUCUGAAAAACUCCUGUGAGUAUAAACUGACUGGCAUCCAGCAACAGUGUGAUGAUUAUGGAAGUAGCUACUUGGGCAUGAUAGAACUUAUUGGUGAAAAGGAAACGAACCUAAGAAAGGAAAUAAGUGACCUUCGAGCUCAGAUACAGGUAGCACCAUCAAAACAACCAAAUUGUUGUAAUCUGGAUAAAAGUGAUGACUUUGGACGAAAGAUUGAAGUUUUAGACGAGAAAAUUGAGAGGGUUGCAGAAGCCACCAGAAUGCUCAAUGGGAGGCUAGACAAUGAAUUUGACCAUCUCACCAUACCAGAACCAGAUGAGAGUUUUGAUGAAAGAUGGAAUGAGUUGGAUGCAAGGAUCAAUGUGACGGAGAAGAAUGCAGAAGAACAUUGUUUUUACAUUGAGGAAACUCUGCGUGGUACUAUUAAUGGUGAAGUGGAUGAUCUGAAGCAACUUUUGGAUCAGAAAAUUCAGUCUCUGGAGGAUCGUCUGGGUAGCAGUCUCCUAGACAUUGCUAAUGGCACUGACGUAAAAUUCAUCAAUCUAGAGUCAGUGUUGCCAGGAUCUGGCAAUGGCCAAUUAACUACUGAACUUAAUCAUCUGAAGAAUAAAAUCCAAGAUGUGGAGAAUCUUUGUCUGCAGAAUCUCCAGUUAGGGUCUCAUGAAAAAGAAAGUACUCCUCCCAGUAAGUAUGAUGAUCAGAGGAUGGAUACCUCUGCACUUCUAAAGGCUCUGAAUGAUACAAUGCAUAGGAAGUUCAAAGAAACUGAACUUAAUAUUCAGAAAGUACAACAAGAUUUGAGUUUGCUCUUUUCUCAUCUAAAUGACACUGACAAAGAUGUGAAAAAUCUUCAGGGUGGGUUGAGCAACUGCCAAGAGCAACUUGCGGAUGCCAUUUCUACAUGCAGGCAGGCAGAAGAUAGUGUUUCCAGGAAGCUGGAUGAGCUAGAUAGGACCCCUGAAGAGCCCACUUCUUCCCAGGCCCCAGCGGGUAAUUGCUGCAGUCAUCUGGAGGUGAGGCUACAGGGGCUACAAAAGCAAAUCCUUUCCGACCUGGACAUCUGUAAGGAAAGCACUCAGGGAGUCCAGAGGGAAGUCAUGGUUGUUGGAGGAAGAGUGUCUAAUGUUGAAAAAGCAUGUGCCAAACUGGAUUCCAUCUCUGGGAGUCUACACAGGAUCAAGGAAGGAUUGAACAAGCAUGUCAACAACCUGUGGAACUGUGUCAGUCAGAUGAAUGGCACGAUUGUAACCCAUUCCAAAGACAUUUCUGGCCUCAAAAAUUCUGUCCAGCAGAUCUAUGGUCGUGUCUUCCAAAUUACCACAGACCUUCAGGAUCUGGUGAAAGGUCAACCAGCAGGAUCGGAAGCCCCAUCAGAAAUACCACAGUUAAUUCCACAACAACCAGAAAGCACCCCUGAACCAUCACAAAUGGAAGUUCCUGGAGAAUCAUCACAUCCAAAAACACCCCAGCAGCCUCCAGAAUCAAAAGGCCCCCUCCCUCCCAAGACUCCUGGGAAACCCUUCCAGCCAGGAAUACCUCAGCAGCCUUCACAAUCAAAGACUCCUCCACAGCCAUCACCUCCCAAGCACAUGCCAUCCCAUUCAGAGUUACCUGGGUGGACAGGUUUGCCUUUCCUACCAGGAUCUACAGGGGUCAUCAUGGAGACUGGGGAAGCUGGACCUCCUGGGAAAAUGGUGAUGUCAGGGAGAGGCUUGCCCAAUGGUGUUGAUGGCCAGGACAGUCGGUGGCCCAUCCCAAGCUCUGAAGGAUAUGCUGGAGCCCCAGGAUACCCUAAGCGGCCAUCUCCUGUGGAUUCACAAGGGAUUCCUACCGCCUCCCUGGUGUCCUUUUCUGCCGGUCUGACUCAGAAACCUUUUCCGAGUGAGGCGGGUGUGGUUCUCUUCAACAAAGUACUUGUGAAUGAUGGAGAAUUUUACGACCCUAACACUGGGAUCUUUACUGCCCCAUAUGAUGGUCGAUAUCUGAUCACUGCCAUUCUCACUCCUGAGAGAGAUGAAUAUGUUGAAGCUGUCUUGUCGGUCUCUAAUGCCAGCGUGGCCCAGCUGCACACAGCCGGAUACAGAAGAGAACUCUUGGAAUAUCACAGACCCCGAGGGGGGUUACAUACCUGUGGUGGAACAGGGACUUUCCAUCUCAUCGUCCACUUGAAAGCAGGAGAUGAGGUGAACAUUGUGGUGACUGGGGGCAGGCUGGCCCACACAGACUUUGAUGAAAUGUACUCCACAUUUAGUGGGGUCUUCCUCUAUCCUUUCCUUUCCCACAUCUAGACUGGCUUAGAACAUCAAGGAAAAGGGUGAAGAUAGUUGUAAUGAACUCUGAAGCUUUAAUAUAUUCAGUUGAUGUAUGUAAUUCUAAUGUGUUUUUCAUGACCCCAUGCCAUGCUUCCCCUGCUGCCUUUUCAAAAGUUGAAUUCAGAUUUUUAAGAUCUCUACUUCUAGUUUCAAAGCCAGACAAUACAAAAGCAUUCUCUGUUUCUCUUACACACACACACACACACACGUUCUUACACCAAUCUUUUUCAUUCCUCCAACCAAGCAACUUGAAAAAUCUACUUUUAUCCCUCGUGAAUCGCGUCUUCCCUGAUUGCACAGCAUUUGCCCGUCUUGCAUCUCCCUAGUUCAGAACCCUGAGUCAUUUCAUACUGCUGGAAAUUGGAAUUGACUGCGUAAUGGUAGAUGGUGUGCUUCCUCCUAAGAAAGAAGGAACAGCUGCUGUAGACUUCCGAGACUCUUCUUAGGAUCUGAAAGCUGGUUUUAGACCUCAGGCUUUGAGAGCUAAGUUAACGACUAUUCUAAUUUCUUCCAAAGAGCAGAACCAGAGGGAAUGGUCCUCCCUUAGAAGAGGGGAGCGGAUGCCCCUCUGGUUAUGUCACAACACUGAUGCCUUUAAUCUAUAUCACAUAGGGGAAAAGUUUAAAUACUGAAGUGUCUAUUUAUGAUGCCAUCGGAGGAACAGGAACCCUGAGGUUUGGAAAUUAUUCUUCUUACAACUUCCACCUGAAAUUGUUGCCCUGCCCCUCAUUUCUGGGCUUGUUUCCCAAGCUGAGUGUGGGGAAUAUUGCAGACUAAAUGCGUUUGUGAAGCCAGCUGGGCUCCUCAGAUGACAUGUACGUUGUGAGUGCAAAGACAAGGAGUACCAACAAUAAAAAAAAGGUCAAAAUCAUGUGAUGGUAACUUCCUCAAAUUUGAUGUGUCCUUUUUGGAUUGGGGAAAGGAGGGAGGGAGCUCUUCAGAGAAGGGGGAAAAGUGGAGUAGAGGCAAGUGGAGGAAGAGGAAAGAAAGAUAUAUGUUGGAUUGUUCAUAGCUGUGGAAGUUAAAAAGGAGAGAACUCCAAGUGUAUGAAUUGUAAACUUAAAAAAAAAAAAAAAAAAAGCAAGCAAGCUGUUGCCUUUUUGGGUGU